CCAGUUCAUACUAGUAGGUUACAACAAGUACAGUUAAUUUGUUCCCAGAAGUCAUGUGCUCGUGCUUUGUCUUGGGCUUUGAGCUGCAGACGGAGAGGGACCGCCCCUCCUCACAGGUUUACCUGUGACACACAGGUGGAGCUGCUCACAUUACAGAGAAGGACCGGAGAGGAGAACGUUACUGGCACAUUUACACUCUGCGGUUACUGCGGCGGUCUGGUUUUAAUCGUUUCCUUUUGGCGUGACUUUGCUCUGUUUUACUGCCAUCACCGACUGAUGGAAAGCUGCUGCUAGGGCCACCUGGCAGGAUGUCCUUCGUUAGCCUGCGAGCUACAGUCAGAUAACAAUUAAUCUCUACAAUUAAGAGGACACACGUCACCAGCCUCCUCUACUGAUGGCCUUUUUACGGCAGCUGAAACUUCUUCUCUGGAAGAAUGGACUGGCAGUUAUCAGACGGCCGCUGUGGUCCCUGACUCUGAUCAUCUGGCCUCUGAUCAUCUUCAUCAUCAUCGCUGUGACCCGCAACCAGUUCCCUCCCAUAAUUAAAGAUACAUGUUAUGUGGGACCCAGGAACCUCCCCAGCGCCGGCGUCUUGCCGUUCCUGCAGACCCUCAUGUGCAACACAGACAGCAGCUGUCACAACAAAUCACGCCUGCUGGACCCAAACGCAUCACAGAAGAGCCCUCCACGGGGAAAAAGGUCGAAUAAAGAGCCUGACAGAUCUCCGCUGGAGUCCAUCAGUCAGGGAUCAGAUUUUUUCAACCUCCCUUUCCCAAAGAACUCCAUCGAUGACGCUGAAGCUCUGAUUAAGUUGCUGAACAAGUUCAUGGGUCCGUCCAGCCAGGGGAGCUCUCAUAAUGUGACUCGCAUGAAUACCACUUUUCCGGAAGAUCAGGAAUCCUUCAACGAAAUGUUUGAGUCGAUGAACAUGUUGAAGAGAGCGAUCUGCACCGUAACGCUGCCCAUCAUAAACACAACACAACCCAACGCCCUCUGCUACGCUGUGGUCACUUUCUGCAAGUCCAACAACACUGUGUUUGAAGUGUCACUCAACACACUCAAUCAGGUACUGAAGGAGUUGAUGGCGGACCAACCGGAUGCGAUGAUGACGGCGGCCGGGGCGGCAAUGAUGGUGUUCGAUAAGCUGCAGAAUCAGACGUCGCUGUGGGAAACCCUUCUAGCCGUCCCUCAGCUCUUCUCUUCUGGUUCUGUUGACCAGUUUCUGAACAGCGCAGAGGUUCUUCUCACCAACCUACAGAGCGUCAUGCGUGUUUUCCAGCACAAUUUCCCUGAAGCCGGUGCAGCACUUUCCCCGUUGCAUCCCCUCCUCGCUGGAGGCAGCAGCCUGAUUCACUACGCUCAAAGCUGGCCUGGCAGAGAUGUGUCCAUUUCCCUCGGAGACGUUGUCACGUUGCAAAAUGACUCACUAAGUGAAGUUGUGAGACGUGUUCUACAAGAGGUCCAAAUACCACUGGACAAGGCUAUUGGCCUGACUCUGGACCGAGACAUGGUUCGUUCACACUUGUGUGACAACAGCAGUAACCCACUGUGGCUAAUGGCUGCGUGCAGCACAGGAACUGUGGACAUGCUUCUGGGCUGGAUCAACCCUGAUAUGGUGGCAAAGCAGGUAAUUACAUGCAUGUUUUCACCAGCUCUCCUGGCGUGGAGUAAGGAUGUUGCUCUCCAUGAUUUGUCCUUCGCUAAAGAGCUGCUGCACGGCCUGAUGGGAGGUCCGUCCCCAGGAGGACAGGGAGGCUCCAACAGCACGAGACACCAGCGUAGCGUAGAAACACAGCCACUAAACAUUGAUGAAGAACUUUUGUACUUUAUCUUGAUUCUGGCUUUGUGCUUUGGCAGGUUUUUGGAGGUCGGUCAUGUGAUCAUGGAGAUUAUAAAAACGGUGCCAGAGCUGCAGAUGGUUGUCCAGAGCAUCCUCAAUACUGGCUUCCAGUCCAUGCAGUCAGGAACACUCGCCCUGGAUAUUGUAGAAGAAAUGAUGGACAAUGUCCUGAAAGACGCAGAUCAACUCCAAAUGGCUUAUCGAACGUUGCUGACAAACCCAUCUGAGGCAGGUGUUUGGCUUGGUCAUCUCCUGGACAGCGUGAUGGAAAGUAUCACCAAGAUUCUGUCACAUCCAUCUUUAACAUGUGAGGAUGUUUUGGAUCCCUUUGAGUGGCUUUUCAACACAAAGAGCGUAAAGAUGGAGGUGUGGAGAUCUUUCAUCUGUCAGAACAACUCGGCUCUACAGGAAGCGCUGCUGAUGGACUGGCUGCCAUUACAAGUGAAAAAUAGCUUAAAAGCAUAUAUUUGUAUGUACAUACAACAGUGUUAUGGAGCGAUACUAACUUUUUAUAUUAUGUUUCUUAAGGGACAAGAUUUGUGGUCGGCCCUGACAGUCCAAAGUGACGACAACGUGACACUUCCCAUGAUUCUCUCUGAGUGGCACAAGCUCGGCAAUAACAGUCUGCAGCUCGGCAUGCUUUUGGGAAAAGUGACAACAGAGUUGGGUGGAGCAUACUGGAUGAACUGGAUGCCAGAAAACAGCACUAAUGAUGUUACUGCAACUCUUCAACAAAGUGUUUUCAUGACCAUGAUGAGUUUCGGAGAAAAGAUUGAGGAGAGUGAGCUGUGGCCUGAGGUAAAGGACUAUUUCCACAUGCUUUACUGGAUUUUGAACUACAGGGCAGAUGUCACAACUCAACCAGCAAACUGUUCUAUGAACAUCAACUUCACAGCCAUUCAUUGUGAAACUGGUUUGAAAUGGCCAACGUUUGUUCAAGCCAUGACUCAGGUUUUGAUGUCACCAAACGAAGAGGUCCUGGUGAAUUUUCUCAAAGGAACUGUGAAUCUGUUGCAGCAUGUGUUCAGUGACACCUAUAAAUACCUGGCAGCAUCAGUUUUGAAACAAGAAAUCAAAGGUGGAGAUGCUCUCUCUGACUAUCUGAUAAACCUGAUAGAGAACCUGGAUGUCUUUGUCAACAAAAUCUCCAUGCUUCCUGACCAAAACGUCACUGAUAAUGUCAUGGUUCCCCUCAUCCAUAAGCUGUUAGAGUCCACAGGUCUGAGUCCACUGCUGCCUCUGCUCUUCAGUGAGGGUCCUGUCAAUGUCUCUGCAGUGAUUGAUGUUGCCUCGAAGGUCGGCAGGCUCAACCAGCACAUUUUUACCUUCAAUGAGACAGAUCCAACGCUGCCUGACCUGGAAAGGAUGAUCAUGCAGCUCCUGUCCUUGGAGGGUAACCUCACCAUGUCCCUCUCCCACAUCAUGGGACACACUCUGCUUUCCUAUUCAAAAUACUUCGACCCUGAAGGUAUGGCCCGUCUCAGAGAAGCCAUUCAGCCUUUAAUCAACCAGACCUCAUCAGGCUUCGUAGAAGCCAUCCUCAGGGCCAUGGAGCUGCUGAAGUCAGUGAUAGAUGCUCCAAACGGUGACCCAACAAAUGUCGUUCUUGGGUACUUACAGCAACUUCAGGAAUACGUGGUGUCUUUGUGUGGACUGCGAAGAAUCCAGUUACCAGGUGGGCAGCUCAGCCUAGCACAAGUCACUGACCUCCACCAACUUUCCAAAGAAUUCCUCAGCAUUCUCACCCCAGAGAGCCUUCAUCAGCUGACUCGGGUUGGACCAGAUGUUGCCCAGGACGUUGUUGCACAUAAAUUUGUACAAUUCUUACCAACUGAGGUCCAAGAUGAAGCUUUACACUUUCUCCAGGAUUUCAAAGCUCUGCAGGGCGAUGUUGCUGAAUGUGCAGAAGGCCAAAAUUGUUUGUCCGGAAUCUCAGAAAUCUUUACAUUCCUGGAUCAGAUAUUAGACAUGAUGGUCUCAGCCAACGGUAAUGUGACAGUGACAAUAGCUCCAACCAACUUAGUUCCAGGGGGGCUGGAAUUUGACGGAAUUGCAUCCACGUUCUUCUCACUCCUCCUGUCCUCUAAUGAUGCUGCCUCUGUGGAAACAUUCAAACAGACUCUUCAUUUUAUCAGAUUAGUAAUCUCUACACCAAAUAUUACUGUGUCUGAUGUCCAGAAUGCUCUGCAACAGUCAAACCUAACCCUUGAGGAGUUGAACAGCAUUGCUGCAGUAGCUGGAGCUGCCAACAUAAAUGACCUUUUGGUAAAAAUAAUGGAGAUUAUCAAUGCCCGCCAGUGUUUCGACCCACAGGAUAACCCGAUGGUGACAGCCCAGUGUGUUAUGGGACUGAUAAAUGGUGUCAGUGGUUUCCUAUCACACCUGCCCACUCUCCGUAACCACACAGCCAUCCUCUCGCUCGUCCCAUUAAUUGUCAACAAUGCUAUCAAUGAUGUUGUCCAAGGUAACUUCAGCUCCAAUCCUAACGUGGCUCUCGCACACGCCCUGAACAGCACCCUGGCCAAUAUCAAGAUGAACCUCCAGCUCAUGCACCUGAACACUCCAGAGAUCAUGAAUGAAAUGAGUAUGGUAGAGGGUCUGAUACAACUGCUCGCCAGCACAGAGCCAUUUGACAAUUUGAACAGCACCUUGCUUAUAGACUCCAAUUAUGCUCAGAAACUAUAUCUGGAGACUGUGGAAUGGUACUUGAAAAGGCUGGAAAACAUCACCAGCACAAGCUCUGUCUCAGAGCUCCUCCAACCCUUUUUCUCCCUCACACAAAUGCAAGUGACAAUGCAGCUGGCGCAGACGGAUUUCACUUUGUUCCUAAGCAAGCAGAUUGAAGUCCUGAUAAGCAGCCUCCAGUACCCAAUAGAUGGUGCAGGGGUGAGUCAAAUUGGUCAGACAACAGUUGAGAUUCUCCGACAUCUAUUUGAUGUAAUAAUGGUCAAUGUAGAGAGUCAGCUUGACCUCCAGGGCCCAAUGCCGUUCCUCAACACAACCAUUCUGAAUUGCACUGAGCACCAAGUUAAGCUUUACCUCAACCUCAUACAGACGUGGAUGCAACAACCCAACGUCCCAUUAGUCUUCAGUAGCAUGCUCCAAUGGGGAAAUCCCUCCAUAAAUAUCUCCAACCCUGUGACAGACCUCCAGCACCUGCUGGAGAUGACGGCUAAUUUCCUCAGUGAUGAUCAACAGGCCUACGUCUCCAUCAUCAGAAACAUCACCAUGUCCCUGAGCAAAGCCCUGAUGGUGGGAGAGCAACCAGGUGGCCUACAGAGUGACCACUUCUUAGCUGCCAUCUUGGAAGCCGUCCAAAGAGCUAUGCAGAUCCUGACCACAGCCACGGGCCCCCUGCCGCCAUCAGUACAGCAGAACAUCCUGGAAAUCGUGCAGGACUCACUUAUGCUCAUUCUCCAACCAGACAUAAGUUUUGAGUCAGCACGUAACAUCUCCCUCCUAAUCCUCAAGAGGGCUGAGAGCGUCAUCCAAGAAACAAUACCAGAAAUGUUUGCUGAAUACCUGCUUUCUGGAGUCCAAAUAGCAGCCACAUACUUUAAGAGCAUCUCUGCUGCCGGUGGACCAGACAGCUGGAAUAUGUUGAUUCUUGAUGAGAUGCAAACAGUCCAGAGCCUCCUGCCUCCAAACAGCACAGCCCAGGCCUACGUCUCUGUCCUCAUUCAGAUCACUCACUUUAUCUUGGAGUCCGGCCAAGGCAACAUGACUCUCUGGGAAAGCUUUGAAAAUGCAUCAGAAGAAAAUUUGCCCUACAUUUUGGGCAAGAUGGGCAAACUCUUUGGCAUGCUGUGGUCACUUGUCACAGGCUCACACACAACUGCUCCAUCUCUGGACAGCUUUGCCCACCUUGUUCCAGUCCUGGAGCAGGUGAUGACUGGGGAGGCAGAUCAAGACACGUGGAACAAACUUGAAAAGAUCCUGGAGGCUGUACUGUCAACCCUGAAAGGAACAGAGCUUUGGGAAAGUCUCCAAUAUGUUGUCCCACUGUUUGAGGAAAUCAUAGGAUAUCAGGUGGACACCACACAAGCAGAAAAUGUGUUGAUACGAAGCCUUCAGAUGCCUCUGGUGACCCUGAUGAGAGAAAUGGCAGACUCUGUGAAUUCCAGUCGUUUUAACUUGUCCGAGGCGGUAGAAAGAAUGCAGCUUGCCAUUGAAGACACGGUGCAGGCAGCCCAGCAGGCUAAUGGCACGUUGGAGUGCAGUGAAGUUCUCACAGUAUGGGAGCCGGUGAGAGAGGCGACGGGGUUAAGCCACGCCGCCAUCGCUAUGUGGUGCAACAUCAACCUGCAGCCUGUUUUGGAGGCUUAUAGUGAAGAAGAGGCUGACUACGCCCACAUGAACAUGAGUCACACGGGUAUGGCUCCACUGACUGUGAGCGCCGUAGCUGCCAGGAUCGUCAUGGCUGCACAGUCUCUGUACCAUGUCGAAAUGAACAACACACUCGUGACAGACCAGCUCAUCACAGCUUUCUUCAACCAGCUCUCUAAGCUUGAAGGCCAGCCUCUGAGCCCCGAGGCACAGCUUCACUGGUACAAGCAGCUCCAAGACACGCUGUUGAAAAACAGUUUAUCUACCUUCAAAAUGAUCUCAGACGAGCUGCUAAAAGAGGCUCCAUUCAUGCAGCCGUACAUCAAAGCUAUGGAGAAAGCUCUGAGACACGUCCUGGACAACUACCACCUUAUUGGAGACAACAACUCAUCCCAAUAUGUCUUUGAAGAAGCAGCAACGAUGCUCCUCUCCUGCACAAACAUCACAUCAGACCAUUUCUUCGCCAUGAUGCGGGGAAACGCUUCUACAUUUGAUGCACCGUCUCUCGCUGACACCAUGAGGGAAGCUGUCAAGAUGCUGAUUGACAUGAAGAUAUUUGGGGAUUCGCCUAGGAUUUACCAAGCCUUGCAGCAUUUCCUGGCAUCCAACGAGUCAAGCAUGGUUGUGCAGAAGGUGGCUGAGAUGAUUGAAUGGUUGGGCUCCACACCAGCGUCUGGCCUGGAUCUGCUGACUCAGGCUCUUCCUAAAAUCUACGACAUCAUGCGGCCUCUCUUGUCUCUCCUGACCCAGAUGAGCAUGGACAUGCCGGGAGACAUGGGGCUGUUUGCAGACCUGGCUGGAAACACAAUUGCAAUGCUGAGGCAGCUUGUAGUCACCAGUGGUCACCCGCCCCCCCCGGUCCAGCCCCCAAUUAUGAUCGGGCCGGAUAUGAUAGGCAGCAACCACACAGGGAGGGUCCGAAGGAGACGCGAGGCCCAGAUGAUGCUGCCGAGGGAACCCAUGGAUGACUUCAUAGACCUCUUCCUGAUUGACUACCCGACUAUGUUCAGAGCCAUCUCUGUCCCUGUUAGCACAGCAGAAAUCAUGGACACAGUCAGCAUGUUCUUUGCCAAUCCUGAUCUGGCCGUCGUGAUGAAGGGAGCGACCAGAUUCAUGCCGUGGAGCUUGAACGCCUCUCGAGAAGACGCCAUCGAUGCUGCUCUUGGGUUGCUCUCCGUCGUCACUCUCCCCAACGCAUUUGAGAUGUCGCCAUCAAUGGAUCUCCUGAUGAAUGCUGUCAACAUGCUUCCCAACAGCCUUCCAUUCUCCUCGGUGCUUAAAAACAUCACAAGAACUCUUCUCAGUGAAUCUGAAGGGAACCUGAUGCUCAUGCAGGACACCAUCCAAACAGCCAUCGAGCUCUUCCAGAUCAACCAGACAGACCCGAGAUUCAAAGAGCAACUUGAACACCUGGGAUCCAAGGUGUGCGCCUUGGAGAACACAGAGACGGUGCGUGUGCUGAUGCAGGCGUUCUCCAUUCAGCCCGGUCAGCUGUGUCGCACUUUCCUACCCAGCCUGCAGAUGUUGAUUGAGAACCUGACGGUGAACGUGUCCUCUGUGACGGACGCCAUCUUCCAGGUCCUCAUCGGAGACCCGAAAACCUACAAUGUGAAGGCAGACUGGGCGUCUGUGUUGAGUCAAGGUUUGGACUUAAACUCCAGCAGCUUGAGCUCUUUCAACAUUAACGUCUCCUCCCCAGGAGUGGUAACAGUCGGUGAGAUGCUGAGGAAUAAAGCAGCCUUCAUUGCAGAUGUUCAGAAGCACAUGGCUUUUGAUCCAGCUGCUCUGCAGCUCCUGAUGGAAACCACACUACCAAACAACAACUUAGAGAUCCUGUCCUGGUUGGUGAACCUGCGUCACUGCGACUCGGCGGCAGCCAUGAAAAUGGAGCAGACCGACCUGGUGAUCUUAGAGACCUUCUGCUCGAUGACUGUUGAACAGUGGUACAGUUUCUCUCUGCUGAUGGCUCGACAUCUCAACAUGGAGAAACUCAUCUACAGAAUGGUGUUGCCUGCAGAGCUGCAGAGCCUGAUGGGAGUUAUGCUCCAGGUGGCCGAGGCUAUAACCAAGACGAUUCACACCAUCGUUCCUGCCAUCGGUCAGAUUCAGGGCUUGAUGCGCUCUGUCAAAGAACUCAACCUGGACACCAACCAAGAAUUUCAUGACAUGUCGAGAGGAUCGAAGGGAACCAUCUCCAGCCGAUCUUCAUUCGUCACGCUGUCUCGAGCGUUGUGCAGUAAAGGGAUCCUGGCUCUGCUCGGGAUCUCCAAACUCCCCGUCGCUCCUGAGUCCAACUCCUCCUUCCCCGACCACCGCCAGCGGGACGAGAUGAUCGAGAGGUUCAAGAUCCCAAAAAGUGCCACUCCGUUCUGCAUGAACAUGUACCUGGACAUGGUUAACACCACAGGAGGAGCCAUUGCCUGGGCCUUCCUCAAACCCAUGCUGAUGGGUCAGAUCCUCUACACCCCUGACACCCCCGUCACCAGGGCCAUCAUGGAGAAGGCGAACACCACCUUGCAGGAGUUUGGAAAUCUGAGGAAGCACUCCGAGGACUGGCUCGAUUCCACCAACUACAUCAUAAAGUCUGCCGAGCUCCUCAGCCACACUUUGCCAAUGCUGCAGAAUUCCCUCGGCAAUUCCUUUGUUCAGAAUUUCAUUGAGAUGCAGACAGACAUCAAUGUUGGCAGAAUGAAGGAGACGCUCAGCAACUUCUCUAAUAUGACGGCUAUGCUGGAGAAAAACAAACAGGUAAUGAAUCAGAUCACCACCUUGUCUACCCUGAUGAUGGACAUCUCUUCCUGUAUCAAGUUUGACCGUUACCGUGGUUACGACUCCGCUGAGGAGCUCGACAGCGUGGCUCAGGACCUCGCCAAGAACCGGGACCUCUACGCAAGUGUCGUCUUCAAGCUUCCUGAAGACGAGGACUCAUCCAGAAAACGUCAGGCCAGGUCUUCAUCCUCCUCCUCGUCCCCCCUGCCUCCCAAAGUCAGCUACACCAUCCGCAUGCACAUGGACAACGUCAUGCGGACUGACAGAGUCCGGAACUCUUAUUUCAUCAAGGACAACUACAUCUCAGCCGCACGGACGAUGCGCUACAACCGGGGCUUCAUCUACCUGCAGGACCAAAUCGAGAGGGCCAUCAUCGAGACCCAGACGGGACACAGAGUCACAGACACGGCCGUCCAGCUGCAGCCCUUCCCUUAUCCCUGCCACCCCCGGGACGAGUACCUGGAGGCCAUCUCUUUUGUCUUCCCACUCAUGCUCAUGAUAGCCUGGGUGCUGUUCGUGGCUGACUUCGUGAAGAAACUGGUGCAUGAGAGAGAACUGAGGCUGCACGAGUACAUGAAGAUGAUGGGAGUCAACCCGGUGAGCCACUUCUUCGCCUGGUUCCUGGAGUGUGCCGCCUACCUGGUGACGACCAUCUUCAUCCUGACGCUGGUGCUGAAGUACGGCCGCAUCCUGCCCCACAGCGACGGCUUCAUCCUCUUCCUCUACCUCUGUGAUUACGGUCUGAGCAUCCUGUCCUUCAGCUACCUGGUCAGCUCCUUCUUUGACAAGACCUACAUCGCCGGCCUCAGCGGCAGCCUGCUCUACAUCGUCUGCUUCUUCCCCUAUAUCGUGGUCGUCGCCCUGGAGACAAAUCUCACCUUUUCCCAGAAGAGCGCCCUGGGUUUGUUUUCCCCGACGUGUUUCAGUUAUGCCAGUCAAUACAUCUCUCGCUACGAGUCUCAGGGAGAAGGCAUUCACUGGAGCAACUCGUACACCUCGCCCAUCGCUGGAGACACGGCUUCGUUCGGGUGGCUCUGCUGGCUGUUGCUCAUAGACUCCAUCCUCUACUUCAUCAUCGGGAUCUACAUCCGCAUGGUGUUCCCAGGAAAGUACGGGAUCCCUGCCCCGUGGUACUUCCCGUUCAAAGCCUCCUUCUGGGCCGAGCUGUGCUGCUGCGUCAAGUCAAACAGUAAAGUGGGCCGAGGACUCCUUUUCACCAACAUCAUGCAGAAAAACCAGCCUGUCUUCUCCGACGACAAGGGAAAAGGCCAGAGCGCUCUCUCCUCCCAGGCCGGGGAAGAUUUCUCAGAGCUCCCAGUGGGCGUCGCCCUCCACGGUCUCAGCAAGAUCUAUGGCGAGCGAGUCGCUAUUGAAAACCUUAAUGUCUCCUUCUACGAGGGCCAUGUCACCUCCCUGCUCGGCCACAAUGGAGCCGGCAAGACCACCACCAUGUCUCUCCUGACCGGCCUCUUCGCCCCAACAUCUGGCACCAUAGAGGUGUACGGCAGAGACAUGCAGGACAACAUCGAAGACGUCCGUAAAGAGCUCGGGGUGUGCAUGCAGUAUGACGUCCUCUUUGACCACAUGACCGCCAAGGAGCACCUGCUGCUGUACGGCCAGAUCAAAGCCCCCUACUGGUCACAGAAGCAACUGCAUGAGCAAGUCCGCACGAUCCUAGAGGAGACAGGCAUGUAUGCUCACAGACACAAGCGGGUGGGCACCCUGUCGGGAGGCAUGAAGCGCAAGCUGUCAAUCUCCAUCGCCUUCAUAGGGGGCUCUCGCUUGGUGGUUCUGGAUGAACCCACCACAGGAGUCGAUCCCUGCUCCAGGCGCAGCAUCUGGGACAUUGUUAUCCAGCACAAGAAAAAUCGCACCGUCAUCAUGUCCACCCACCACCUGGAUGAGGCUGAAGUACUGAGCGACCGCAUCGCCUUCCUGGAGAGAGGAGGACUGAAAUGCUGCGGAUCCCCGUUCCACCUGAAGGAGAAGCUGGGUCAGGGCUACAAACUCACUCUCACCAAGAAGAGGCAGAACCUAGCAUCUGAGCCGAUUGACAACUCUGAAAUGAAGGCCUUCAUCCAGGCUCAUGUACCAGAAGCAAGACUGAAGGAGGCCCAGGGCCGGGACCUGGUCUACUCCCUGCCCCCCUUCACCUCCUCCAACGCCUCCUCAUACCGCUCCCUGCUGACCGCGCUGGACUCCAACCUGGAAGCCCUGCAGCUGGGUGGAUAUGGGAUCUCUGACACCACCCUAGAGGAGGUGUUCCUCCAGUUGACUCACGGGAACACAGAAGACGGGGACGGCCCGCUGUCUAUCUCCGAGACCAUUUCUGACACUGAUUCUAUUGCCAGCUUCUCUUCAGACUCCAAUGGAGGCUACUCCAACUUUGGUGACAAGAUCAAGCUCACCGGUCCCUCCGUGCUGCGUGGCGUGGCCCUGGCCUGGCAGCAGAUGGCAGCCAUCCUGAUCAAGAGGUUCCACCACUGCCGCAGAGACUGGAAGGGCCUGAUCUCCCAGAUCCUGCUCCCUGUCCUGUUCAUGGUGUGUGCGAUGGGCCUCGGAUCCAUCAAGAGCGACCUGUUGCACUAUCCGGAGCUGGAGCUCAGCCCUGCGCUCUACAACUUAGGACCAAGCUUCUCUUUUGCCAGUAACCAAAAUCCCAACUCCCACAAGCUGAUGGACGCCAUGAUGUCAUUCCCGGGGAUCGAUAACGCCUGCCUCGACAAGUCCGAUAACCCGGUCUGCACAAGAACCACAGCCUGGAGUUCCGGAGGGAACCGCUCCAAAGCAUUUAGCGUCUGUAAAUGCACCCGUCAGGAACAGAUCUGUGAUGGUCACAGCUUCAGUCCGCCUCAGAAGAAGAUCCCUUCAUCUCAGACCGUGUUUGACCUGAGUGGCGUCAAUGUGGAGAACUACCUGGUGGCCACAGCUAAUGACUUCCUCAGGAACAGAUAUGGUGGUUUCUCUUUUGGCGUGCCGCUCCCUGCCGACUUGAAAAUGGAUGUAACGGAGGUGCCCAAAAACCGCACUCUGUCCAAGGUUUGGUUCAACCCAGAGGGCCAUCACACAAUGCCAGCAUACUUAAACAGCCUCAACAACAUCAUCCUACGCGCCAAUCUCCCUGCAGACAAGGAUCCACGUAAAUAUGCCAUUUCACUUUCCAGUCAUCCCUACUUCGGCCGGGCGGAUGAUGAAGAUUCAGUUGUCCAGGGAAUUCUGCAGAUCCUCGUGGCUAUGUGUGUGCUGACGGGUUUCUCCAUCACCACCGCCAGCUUCGCCAUCUAUGAAGUCAGCGAGCACCACAGCGGCUCCAAGAGGCUCCAGCACAUCUCUGGUAUCAGCGAGCCUUUCUACUGGGUCGUCAACUUCCUGUUUGACAUGGUCAUGUAUUUAAUCCCUGUGGCCUUGACUGUUGCUGUGAUCGCAGCCUUCCAGAUUCCAGCAUUCACAGAUCGGCAAAAUCUAGGUGCCGUGGCCCUGCUCCUGGUGCUCUUUGGGUUUGCCACCUUCCCCUGGAUGUAUCUGUUAUCAGGCGUCUUCAGGGAUGCAGAGAUGGCCUUCAUCGCCUAUGUGUGCAUCAACCUCUUCAUCAGCGUCAACACCAUCAUGUCCUCCUCCACCAUAUACUUCCUGGGUACACUUUCAGCUCGGGACCCGGCGGACAUCAUGUUGCUGUUCGAGAGGCUGUGCAACUUCUUCCUAAUCUUCCCUCAGUUCAACUUUGGGAACGGGCUGAUGAAGCUGGCCAGGAUGAACAUCGAGGUGCAGCUGCUCGGGGGCUACGGCAUCGACGCCUACAGGAACCCGUUUUCAAUAGAAGCCCUGGGUGGGAUGUUCAUCGCCUCCUUCGUUCAAGGCGUGGUCUUCUUCACGCUGCGCCUCCUGCUCAACAGGUUCCUCAUACGCAAAGUCAGGAAUCUGAUUUGUAGCAAGAAGACGGUGCCACAGGCUGCCUGUGGGAACGAGGAUGAGGACGUGGUGGCGGAGCACCAACGAGUGUCCAGUGGAGCCGCCAGCACAGACGUACUGCAGGUCAACCAGCUGAGUAAGAUCUACCAACACCUCAACAAGAAGGUCCACGCUGUCAAGAGGCUCUCUGUGGGCAUCCCUGCAGGAGAGUGCUUUGGUCUGCUGGGAGAGAACGGAGCAGGAAAAACUACCACCUUCAAGAUGCUAACUGGAGACGUCAGCCCCACUGAUGGCACAGCACAGAUCAGGGACCGGGACGGGCGCUUGGUAGACAUCAUGGAGUGCCGUAACGAGGGAAUUAACAUCGGCUACUGUCCCCAGGUGGACGCACUGGACAAUCUGCUCACUGGAAAAGAGCACUUGUACUUCUACGCUCGCAUCCGAGGCAUCUCAAAGAGAGAGAUAGACGGGGUGGUGAGCUACCUACUGAAGAGGCUGGAGCUGGCCUACCAUAGAGACAUCAUUACUGACAGUUACAGCUGUGGCACCCGCAGGAAACUCUCCACCGCUCUGGCUCUGAUCGGGCACCCACAGAUCCUUCUCCUGGAUGAGCCCAGCUCUGGCAUGGACCCUCGCACCAAGCGCCACCUGUGGAAAAUCAUCUCUGAAGAAGUGAAAGGAAAGUGUGCCGUGGUCCUCACCUCUCACAGCAUGGAGGAGUGUGAGGCCCUGUGCAGCCGUCUUGCCAUCAUGGUGAAAGGUCAGUUCCGCUGCCUGGGCUCCCUGCAGCACAUUAAGAACAGGUUCGGCAGCGGGUUCACUGUAAAGAUGUACUUGGCCGAGGCCUCCUGUGACGCAGAGGCAAUCACUGGCUUCAUGCGGCGCCAAUUCCCCAGCACUUAUCUCAAGGACCAGCACUCCACCAUGGUGGAGUACCACAUCCCAACAGCUCCAGGAGGGGUGGCUGACAUCUUCAACCAGCUGGAGUCUAACAAGAAUGCCUUGCAGAUCAAACACUUCUCUGUGAGCCAGACCACACUGGACGAGGUCUUCAUCAACUUCGCCACUGGAAAGACGGCCUUGGAAUCCAUAUCACUUGACGGCGAGGAGGCAUGUGAUGACCUGGACUCCAUUAAGGCGAUAGAGACGUAAAGCCGACUGCCAUCUUUUUCCUUUUUGCCAUUUUGUCUGUGUCCAAUGUGAAAUAAACCUAACUGCCUGUUUAUAGUCAAUCUGCCCUUUAAUCUAUGAAUGUAAAAGAUAAGAGUUCAUGUUUUAAAAUACUGAUUAUUACUUAAAAGUGUCUUGACUGAUCACUUGAAGGAAAACUCACAUGUCUAUACUUAACCAAGUUAAACUAUUUAAUGAAAACUGAAGGACAACUGUACAUUUGCAUACAUGCACAGAUGAUAAAACUUGAUAAAUAGAAGUCUGCUAAUCACCAGGUCAUAUAGCUGUUCACUUUUACAACUCCGGAUCUUAUUAUUUAGGAAGGAUAACAUUAAUUGGGUUUGCUUUUCACUUUCUCUCUGUGGUUGGGGCACUGUUCACUUUCAGGUUAUUAUAUCAUUAUAUCAAUUGAAAAACACAAUUUUCUGUUCAGAAUCAUUUUCAUUUUACCUUGAUGUUGGAAAAUCAUGAUUUUACAUCAUGUUUAAGCACAUACCAAAUAUAUAACAGGUCUGAAGAUGUUUUUUUUUAAAUCUUACACACAUCUAAUUGUUUCUACUGGAUGAAAAUUGAAAAUAAACUCAGAAGAUCCUCAAUUUGCACCUUUUCCCUCCUCAUUAAUCCCUCCGUUAAGGACAUACCUCUCUUAGAAUGAAUGUAUAUUUAAAGGACCUUUCCUUCUUAUGGACCAGUAACAAAUUGCCUUGAAUGUAUCAUGUCUAUUUUUAUUAUUCCAAUAAAGCUAUUUUUCAAAUGCUA